GGCUGGACUGUGGUAACAUGCUCUGUGAAAGGCUGCCCUGAAGGCCAAUCCAGAAGUGCCAGAUGCAGCAGCUAGGAUGAAGAAUGGGGCAUCCUAUAACACCGACUUUACUCCAGUCUUGAAGCAGCUGCACUGGCCAAUAAUAAUAUGCUGCUGGGCAGGUUUAAGGUUUUAGCAUCGACUUAAUAAAAUCCUCCCAAACGUUGGACCAGGCUGUUUAUCCAUAUUAGCCUACCCAAUCACGAAGCGCAUUAGGGGAGGGCCUCCUGGUUGUACCGUAAACUGCAGAGAUUUUUACUGAGGAAACUAGGAAGACAGCCUUUUCAGUUGUGACACCCUCUCUAUGGGUCAGUUCAAAGGGUUUGCUCUGGAAAGAACUUGCUUGGAUACAAUUCCUGGUUUGCAGAAUAAAGCAGAAAACACACACACACACACACACACACACACACACUGCCCAGGUGAAACUUCUGUCAAAUCAUCAGACCCGAGAGAGAAUUCUUCUGGUCUCUUCCAACUCCCCAGUUCUAUGAUUCUCAGAUUCUCAGUACCUUCUCAAAACUUUUAUUUCCCAAAGUUCCACAGGGGAAGCCAUGGCAGUUAAACAGUUUCAAACUGGUCAAGAUUUGUUGCUUGUUGCCCUCAAGUGGCAUAACCCUGUGCUUGCAUCUGCUGCCCGAUGUCAGAGCAGACACAAAACAAGUCAACAGGCACCUCACAAACAACUACUGUAUUGCUAUUUUAAUUUGGGCUGGAUUUGGGCAGGUAGCACCUCUUGCAUCAUUUCUGGGGACGUGGGUUGGGAGAGGUGUGUAUCUUUGGUGUGGACCAAUGCUGGUCAGAUUCCCCCUGUCGCUUUUUCAUUUUCAAAUGUCUAUAGACAGAGGUAGGAUGAUCAAUUGAUAAUCAGGAAAAAUCAUGCCCAAUCUUUACAACAACAACAACAACAUUUUUAUUUAUAAUAAUAGGGUGGGUUGGAGACAUCAUCAAGAGAAGUGUUUUGCCGCAUGGAGAUUGUCACCUGUUUGUUAUCUCUGCAGAUCCUGCUGUUGUUAAAGACCCAGGAGCGGGAGCCAAUAGAAAGGUUGACAGCCCACAUUGGAGGUAAUGCUAAGAUCGAGUGGAACACCUGCUCCUUGUGGAAUCCAUUAACAGCCCUUGCACAUGCGGAUACUCAGGAAACAGUAUGAAGAUGAAAUCAGACGUAGCAUGCAGAAUAGAGAUCAGGCCUGCAGGUUAGAACUUUAACUUCCUCCCCCUUAUUGGAACCCCCAAGGUGUCUAGGUUCUGGAAUUGUUAUCCUUCAACCUUCGCACCUAGAGUUGAGUCAACAAUGAUGGAUCUUCUUGGAAACCAAAUGGCAUCAUUGUGAACUUCCCAGAAGGACCUGUAUCCGAUUCGUUUCCGUCAACGAUCCCACAACAGGACUUCACGGAGCAAACAGAGACAGGGCCCCAGUUCCUUUGAACAGCUCUCUUUGAUCCAUAUUCCUUCUCCCAUAGGGCCAUGGCCUCUCAGGCCCACACCCCGGGCCCUGCCCCACCUUCCUGCCCACCCAGCGCCCCCUCGCUCCUCUUGCCCGCCUUCCCUGGGACGGCUCUGCUCGUGACCUCAGCCGAUGCCCCGGGGAGCAAGCUGAUCAUCAAGUUAAAAAGAGAAGGCCCAAUGAUGGGGGGCGCUGAGGAAAUACCCCGGACCCAGACUUUCUUUCUGACAGGGAUGCCACUGGGCUGGGCCACCCAGCGUCGGGAUGGGCCAGCAGGCCCCGGCAUCCGCACAGUGUUGCUGGCGAAAGCUGGCGAGGAGCCAGGUGGUAGGAAACAGAGAGUGCCAGAGGCCAUGCCAUCUGCCCGAGCGCCCCCUCCCAGUGAUGCCUCCUUUGCCUGUACCUCCAAGGGGGUUUAUGAGAAUUAUCGGCGUUGGCAACGCUACAAGGCCUUGGCCAGACGCCAUUUCCCUGCCACGCCUGAUGCCGAAGCUCUCGCCUGUUUUUUCAUGUGAGGGUCUUGGUGGCAAGGAUCAUUUGGGGAUAGUAAGCAGAUAACAAACUGUGAGGAUUGGCAGGGGGAUUGGUCAGCCUUGGGUUACUAUUGAUUGAGACAGCAAAAGCAUUGGUACUGAGAUGUGGGAUCCCACUGUUUUCUAAAGGCACUCAAUCCAACAAACACAGACUGGUUGAAGUUAGAUGGAAGGCCAUGAGUCGUGAGCAAAAUGAGUUUGGUGGCAGAACUCUGCACACAAAAUAAGGAUUUGGGAGUUCUGAAUGUUUCUCUUUAUGAACCCUGAAGCCCUGGUUGAAAACUGAACACUUAUCCUAACUUUGCCAACACAGGACCUCAUGGCAAUUCCCAUUUUAUACCCUGGGGAAAUUGUUGAAGUGCGGUAUCAACUCACACAGCCAUCAUCUUAAGGGCUAGUUUUUCCUGUUUAUCAGCAGAAUCAAGAAGGAACCCCCCACCUGACCACACUGCACUUGAAUAUGCAUGCACAUUCCCCUGUGUAAAACACACUUCAAUUAGAGUAGACAUGCAUUCCAGGACCUGCAACCUGAAGUGGUACAAUUAAAACCAGGGAGUGGGGUGAGGUAGCUUUAGCACUUAAUUCUGCUCAUUUCAUAAGCUGAAAAGUAUUGACAAAUUGCAAUCAGAGGUUGCUACAACUGCUCAAAGUUCCUCCGUUGCAGAAAGGGUGCUUUCCAAAGUAUUCAAACCCAUGUACCGGUGUAACAACGACAACACUCCUUGGCACCUAUUUGAAGGUCGUCUCCUCGUCUUCUUUUAACCACUAGGCUAUACUGCCUAUAAGGGAUGCAGGUGGCACUGUGUGUUAAACCACAGAGCCUAGCACUUGCUGAUCAGAAGGUUGGUGGUUCGAAUCCCCGCGACAGGGUGAACUCCCAUUGCUCGGUCCCUGCUCCUGCCAGCCUAGCAGUUCGAAAGCACGUUAAAGUGCAAGUAGAUAAAUAGGUACCGUUCUGGCGGGAAGGUAAACGGUGUUUCCGUGCGCUGCUCUGGUUCACCAGAAGCGGCUUAGUCAUGCUGGCCACAUGACCCGCAAGCUGUAUGCUGGCUCCCUCAGCCAAUAAAGCGAGAUGAGCGCUGCAACCCCAGAGUCGGCCACGACUGGACCUAAUGGUCAGGGGUCCCUUUACCUUUUUUAUACUGCCUAUACUGUCAAGUGAGGUUAAGGAGCUAAAUUGGGGUUAGAAAAGGCUCCAUAAAUGUCAUGAUGGUCAAAGUUGUGGGUGGUUGUGGUGGUGAAUGGCUAUGAACUACACCCAAAUGUGUAAGCACAUUUAAAGCACAUGGCUUCUCCCAAAGGAACUAGGGAACUGUAGCUUGUUAAGGGUGUGGGGAAUUGUAGUACUGUGAGGGUUAAGCUACAGUUACCAGGAUUCUUUGGAGAAAGUCAUUGCUUGUUGGGAAGCAAAAGAUAUGGUAAAUAAAAAGAAGAAUUCCCUGGAUGCCUAGAUCCAAGUUUGGAGAAAUUUAAAACCACAUAAGUGUGGAAAUAUAGGUUGCUUUAAAAUAUCCCCUUCUAAGUUGCUUCCAACAUCCCCCUCUAUCAUAGAAAGAGACGACGUGUAUGGUAAGUUUUAAAAAGUUUACUUAUUCAAAGGUCAGAUUCAUGUGCUUUCCCAUACAGCAGUAAGAAAACACAGGCUGUCAAACUUAGUUUCCAAAGUGGUGAAUGAUUCUAAUUUAUUUGCAUAGAAACACAAAGAUGGUUUGCUUCAGCCAUGCAAUCUGAGCUUGGUAACCCUUCCCCAAGGUGAGGGGGGCGUGACCUAUCUAAGCUUGACAGCACAUCUUACUCUAUGGUCUUAACCCCUUCAUGAAUUAGACUUAAGCAUGCUGAUUAUAUGAGGACAGUUAUGCCACAGCCAUGUGUGUUAAAUGUGCUUUAGAUUUUUGGUGUGGGUAUGACCAUAGAGGCAAGGAUUGCUGUUCACAUUUUAGAAGCUUUGCUCUCACUGAUGUGACAUCAUCGUCCUGCCCCUGCAGCCCCGUCCUCCGCUCACUGGCACGCCUGCGUCCCGACAUGACCCUGGAAGAUGGGGUUCCCCGUGCCGUGCAAGAAUGGGAGCACAGCAGCAACUUUGAGCGCAUGAUCUUCUAUGAAAUGGCAGAAAAGUAAGAGUUCCCUACUCACAUAUGGGCUUACGGGCGGCUGGCGGGUGAAGAGGGUCCCUUCAUUUUGACUUCGCCCUCCCUCCUCUGCCCUUCCCUUUCUCAGGUUCAUGGAGUUCGAAGCAGAAGAGGAACAACAGAUCCAGAAGAUGAAGCUCUUGGCCAGUUGCGCUCAGUUCCAGGCCCCAGCUCCCAAACCCAACAAGCCACCUCCAUCCCCUGCCCCUGAGUCUGGGCAGCAGCAAGGUAGUGUCUUCCUCCCACAAUCCUCUGCAUUUUGAGCAAAACCCUUACCCAUCUAGACCAACUAUUGGCCAACAGGGGUGGCUCCUAGGAACUAGUAGGGCAGAAGGCAGAGAUUUCAAUGGUAGGUGGAGGCAGAACCAAAGACGGCAGAGCCAACCAAUUCUAGUGUCUUCCUCCCCACUUCCUCCUCCCUGCUGAAUUCUACAAGGGGCAACUCAGGGGCUAAGGAGAAGGAAGAUGGCAGCUUGGGCCACCCGCUAGAUUGAUUGUAAGUCAGAAGGCAGGCAGGUGAGGGCUGACUGAAGGCAGACAGAGGUUGGUGGGGCAGUGCCCUGUUUUGACCUAAUGGAUCAGCAUCCAAGGCCAAUAGGAAGAGGACAUGAUGGGGAACUAGUAUGCAAAUGGCUAAUGAGCUCCUUUUCUUUCCUCCCAAUAAUAAUAAUAAAUUUAAUUAUUUAUAGCCCGCCCAUCUGGCUGAGUUUCCCCAGCCACUCUAUAUUGCUUCCCUGUCUGGCAAGUUUUCACCCCAGGCAUCCAGUACGCCUUUGAUCAUAAAACCCCACAUGGAAUUGACUUCCUGGUUCAUUUUACACACCGUCUCCAUGUGCUAAUUCUUCCCUGUGCCCAGGAGACUGUGUGGUGCUUAUUUUAAAAUCGCAACUCUGAGCCAUAUUCUGCUGCAAGAAAACCUGACUUUAUGCAGAUUUCAAUACAUUUUAUUUGCAUACAUAUAUAUAUGCAGAGUUAAAUACAUUUAACUCUGUUUGCUGUGCAAUUGAUUCCGGUUCCCUUAGUAAUGGGAUGGAGCUCUGCAGCAGCCCUGAGCCCACUUAAAUCCUUGCUUAUGCUCCUCUCCCCAUGAGCCUUGCCUUCUGAGACACCGUCUGGCAUUGCCAGCAUAUUUUUGAGCACUUCCUCUUAGCAAGAAGAUACCGAGAGCAGGGGUCACCAACCAUUUUAGGCCUGUAAGGAUAUGCUGGGGGGUACCAUCCCCUCUCACUAUUCCAGGCCUAGGCAGAGAUCAGCUGCUGCAGGCCCUCUUGGCAAAGUGCUAGCUGUUCUCCCAGUUGCCAACCCAAAGGCAAAAAAGGGUGGGUGGGGAAAGCAGGGCCUGAUGGCAGCCCAUCUCCUCCCAAAAGUGGAGUAAACCUGUACCCAUCAGGAAAUGGCUACACUCCUUUUGAACUACUGUGAUAGGUCAGCAAUGAGUUGCACACGCCAUUCGAGUUCACCUAGCCCAGUGUACUCAUGUAGGAUUGACUUCAUGAUCUCCAUGCUUCCCCCAAAGUCUACAUCCCCAAGAAGUCAGCUUCCAAGAGCCGCCAGCCUCGGCGUCGCCAGCGGCGUCCGCCCAGCACUUCCACCCCAGGAGCGCCCAGGGAGAUCCCUGCCGAGGCGGUGCACCAGUAUGCUGAGAUCAUGGAAGGCCUGGACACGAGUUGGGAGGAGGAAGAGGACGAGAAGAAAGAACAAGGGGUGUGCAGCAACCCCCAAGAGCAGGAAGAGGGGGCCUUCCCAGAUCCUGCCCUGCUGCAGUAUAUCGAUCAGUUAUGUGAUGAUGAAGAAUUUGUAUGUAAGGUAAACAGCAGUGGUGUUUGCUUCAUGGGAACGGAGCAAAUGUAAAUCUUGCAACCCUUCUCUCAGCCCCUCUCCAGGCUGUUGGUUUUUUUGCAUGUAUACUCUGCAACAAGUCACUAAUACAAUAAUAGUGCAUUAAUGGCAGGUUGAUACAGGACUGCCCACACAUCAUUCUGAUUUAUUAGUUGUUCUACAAUCCUUCCCCAGUGUUACUGCAUUAUUGCUGUCUAGAGGGGCACCACUUGCACUGUAGCGGAACGAAAGAAGGACAACAAACAAACCGGAAUAUUUGUAGAAUGAAAAAGUUACAGGAUUUCAGGAGGGCCAUGCACUGAUGAAGGAGUAUGUCCACCCAGAAACCCUUUUAGGUACAAACAACAUUGAUAGCAGAAUCAUGUAUGAUGGCCUUGAUACCAUCAUGGGCACACAUUAUCAUGAAUGCACCAUAAGAAAGGAUGCCUGGAGGGAGCCAUAAUACGAUCAUCAUCAUCAGGGUAAAUCCUACUAGAUGAUAAAAAGGUGGCAGCCAAACACACAACAAACACAUGGUUAGCAUCCAGCACCAACUUUGACCUUUGCGUCUUGUAGCUAUAACAGCACAAGCCCAGCUUUAAUGCACUACUGAGUGUUGCUAAGCAAUUGUCCAAUGGAGCUUUGUAUUUUACUCCUCCCUUUAUUACUAAUCUCUAUCAUAAACAGAUAUUUGUAGUCUUCCUCCAGCCUGCUGCCCUCUAGAGAUUCUUGGACUGCAGCUUCUAUCAUCUCCAACCAUUGGCCAUGCUGUCGGAGGCUGAUGAACGUUAGAGUCCUACACAUCUGGAGGGCACCAGGUUGGGGAAGGCUAGUCUAAAUCCACACCUGUGCCUUGGACCACAGCAUUCCAUAUGCUGAGUUUGUCUUCCUUAUCCAUUCAUCAAGCCACUUCCUUUCCCUGCUUCAUGUCUCCACCACCUGAACCUGACCUUAGCUCCACUAACCCUUCCCCUCUUAGAAUUCAGCGGUCUCUACCCACCAUUUUGGUCUUACCCAUCCAUGGCACGUUGGAAACUCCUCUGCUGACAAAGCCUCACUUCCCCAAAGCCUGCAUAUUACCCCUCUCUCUGCUGAGUGAUGGCAAAAGCCCAUGGGGUCCUGGGCACACAUACAGGGUCUGUGUCCCUUUGGAGAAUAGAAGACACAGUGGAGGCUGUUGUGCCUAAAGAAAUAUGAUUUAUUCACCUAUUUACACUUCCAGUCUGUGUGGCGAGAGUUCAUAUCUUACUGCAUACACAUUUCCAUAGGCAGCAGCGCAGGGAACCUUCAGGGAACCUCUCUCCAAGAUCGAUCUCAGCCCCUUUCUCCCCUUUUUCUUCCUAUAAAACCCUUCCCCGCCCCCUCCAGAGUUACCCUGGCAGCUUCCCCAAUCCCUCUGUUCACACCUGGAGGGAAGAGGUUAAUGGCCCUUUAGCCAUAUCUCAUCUCACAAGAUUGGUUUGCAUAAGUCAGUCCAGGAAUUCCCUGCAGUUUAUGUUUUAAUCCAUUUCCCAAUGAAUCAAAAUCCUAGCAUUUCUUCAUUCCUAGGUUUUAGGGGGAUCUCUCCCCUAACCCAGAUCUUUAACAGUAUUUUUAAACAAAUGAGUUAUUACAUUAUCUCUUGGGUGAGGAUUGGGCAUGCAGACUUUUGCUCCUUUUCAGCCAGGCUCAAUACUACAAGCCAUGACGCUUCCCCUUCCUCUCCCCAACAGGUUGAAGCUGUCAUUCAUCCACAGUUUAUGGCUGACUUGCUGUCUCCAGAGAAAAGCCAGGAUCCUCUAGAUCUGAUGGAGGAAUUGGCAGAGGAGCUAAACUUAACACCCAACCAGGUAACGCAUGGAAUUAGAAUGGGGUGGGAAUCGGGACACGUGGGGAGUUUCAAGGCUGCAGCUUGAGCCUGCUCAUGUGGCCAAUUCAGACCACGGCAGCCGUGGUUAUGUCAGCUUCGCCACUGUGCCUUCUAGCCACAGCAGCCUGUGGUUUGGAAGUCUUGCGCAGAGAGGUGUGUGAAACAUGUGGAAAAGACAAAGAGGCCUCGUUUCCUGUUUCCAUUUGAAAGCCGCUGUUUGGUCAGAACGGCCAUGGUGCAAAUUGGAGGACUGUCUCCUCCCCUUCACCACUGUCAAGACUGUCCCAACCAUUUUGUGUUGGUUACUACCCAUACAACUGGAAACUGACCAUAACACUGAAUGGGGACAUAGCAUAUUUUCCAUCAUGCAUGGAAUCCUAUUUUUGCCACAUCAGUGCCCAUAAAGUGACAUUGGCAGUGGCCUUUGAAAGGCCAGACCAGAACUCAUUCCCUCCAAAAUAGGCACAUCCUAUCUCAUGAUGAUGGUGGUACUGUGCUCAUCUGACUGGCCCAGCCACUUUGGGUGGCUUUCAACAUAUUUAAAACAUAAUUAAAUAUUUAAAAACUUCCCUAUAAAGGGAAUAUGUCUUCUAAUGGCCUUCAAUGAAAAUAGGGACAUCGUAAGGAAAAGUGGGACCUUCUGGGGUCAAAUCAGAAACCAGGAUGGCUUCUGUAAAUCCGGGACUGUCCCUGGAAAAUAGGGACACUUGGAGGGUCUGAACCUGCACAUGGCUGUGGAGGCACAGAAUUAUCCCACUACGGGGCUGAGCUGAGAGGCAGUGCUGGCAAGACUUUCCCCAUAGCUACUCUGAAUUGAUCCUUUUUCCUUUCUGUCUACAGCUUACAGAGAAGAGACUCCUGGCGCUGUCGGAAGAAGAAAGGGAGCCCUCUGUCUACCCUACAUCCCAUUCUGACUCCACCCCCUCGCAGUCUGAGGAAGAGGACGAGGUCAGUGGUAAUGGAAAAGGAGAAGAUGCAUCAUGCCAUGCCCUGAAGAGGCCUUUGACCAGCAAAGUCAUUAGAAGCAACCAGCCAGAAUUGCCUGUGCCGGCCACCAGUUCCCCACUGGCACAUCAUUCGCAGCAACGAGGCUUUCCACCAAAAGUGGAGAGUUCUCCUCACAAAUGUGGCAUCCAGGACUCUCAGGAAGCAAACCUGCUACUCUCCCUGAAGAGCACAGUUGAAGAGGAAACCCAGAACUCACAGGGACGAGGCCAGGUUCAAAGUCAUGGAAGCUCUUCUCAUAGCCAGUGGGCCACACUGGAAGCUACUCCUGGUAUAACAGGAAACGCCAGCAUUACUGGGAACUUAACAUCCGAAGGGGACAACAAAGCCAAGCAAGGUAUUGCAAGGCCCCAUGCCUUGGAACAUUCAAAGCAAGAUGGCGGCCAAGAAGGAAAGGUCAAGCAGCAUGCUACAGGGCAAGGCAGCCUUGCUGUCAAAGGACAGUUCCAUAAUGGGAUGGAGCUGGUUUGGAAUAAUCUAGAACCACCCCACAACAAAUGUGAAAAACAAGAUGGUAUCCAACGAGGGGAGGUCAAAUGUCUAAAGAAGGCUCAUGCUAUCUGGAAAAUACAGGAAGAUGAUCCAAAAGGGACCGACCAUGAUCGUCAAGGCCUAAACAAAAUGUUAUUAGAAGAUGGCAUAGCAGCAGAAAGGACUCUUAGGAUGACUUUGAAUGGGCAUGGGGGACAAAAUGUUGACUCUGCAGAAAAGGCCAGAGGUCAACUCCAAGUUCAAAGUAAUAGGGGGCUGAAGGAAAUCUCCAGUAGAAGAGAACUUGACUGUCAAGGUAAUGAGAUGACAUCUCACCCAGAUAACCAGAUAAAACAGGAACUUCUGCAGGCUGAACGUGAAAAGCUAAAUGGCUGUCAAGGAGAAGUAGCCAAAGAUCAACUCCAGUCCCAAGGCAUUUAUAGAGGGGCAAAACCUACCUCUAAUGUAACUGUAACUCAGUUUGGAGGCAUCAAGCCAUGUGGGAAAAGCUCAGCAGUACAAGACAGUCUAGCAUUGAGCCCCUCUGGACGUGGGAAUCAUCUCAAUGGCCAAGAAACACAGGUCAAAUCUCAGAAGAAGCCAGAGGCUAACUGGAAGCAAAUGGCAACGAAAUCAGUAAAGGACAAUGGCUUGGUCAAAAGUGUACAGUUGCCUGCAGAUAAUAUAUCAUUAGAUAAACAACCAAUUUCCAGUAGACAAGAUGGCCAACAGUCCAUUGACUCACCCGUGUUGGAAACAGAUGAAGGAACUAAAAAGUCACAUGUUGAACCCAGCCAGGGAAACAAACAGAAGUUGACUUUAUCCAAUUCUAGUUGGAUAGGGUUGCUUGAAGAGCAGCCCACAGGCACAGAUUCUGAGCAUGUGCCAUAUUUCACCCUCUCAGUACUGGAGCCUCAAUCUCCAAGUAUCCAGAAGUGCGCUGAGAUAUUCCAGAAGUCUCAGUGGCCACUCACAGAUCAGUGCAAAGUCACGCCUUGGGUGGAAAACCUUCCAGAUGACAAGCAGAACCCAGAGUCCACGCCAAACCCUUCAAGCUACGUUGCCACAGUGGAAGCUGAUGGAGGCAGCUGCAGUCCAGCUGGAGCUCACACUCCUGUGGCUGCCAGUUCUGGGAAAGGGGGAGCAGCGUUUCCACUAUCACAAGGUGGAGGAAGCAGUGGAGGCAGCCAUGGAAAUGAUGAGCCCAGUCAGAGAUCUGAGUCUAGCGAUCUGCUGCCUUCUAAAGCCCACAGGGGGCUCAUCAGUUCAGAGAGUAACGCAAAGAACCCGAGUAAGGGGGAAGGGGGAGAUUUGCUUGAGAGAGUCUCCGUGGCAAAAGACCUGCUUCCAGAACUCCCCGGAGGAAGCGUGGAAGACAUCCUUAAAUAUGGCGCUAAAGAAGACGACGAAGAGGAGGAUGAGGAGCUAUCUAGCUUCUCCUCGUUGCUUGCUUCCAAGCUCAGCCUCUCCCCUCACAGUGCCCUUGCGCCUCUCACAAGGGAACAAGGGGACACCCUGUCCUCCUCACCCACGGAUGCUGGGAAGCAAGGUGCUAAGACAAGGCAUUCCACGAGGGCGCAGGUGCCCCAGAAUUCCACCACCCCACCAAACAGGAGUCCGGAAGCCAGCACAGCCACCCAGCACAGUCACAAGAGAAAGAACAAUGGCUCAGGUACACGGAGGAGCAAGCGCCUUCGCAACCAGUAGCAGUGCUCCUUUCUUUCAAUGGAGGCUAACUCUAGCAAACCCUGGGAAAGUCUCUUAAAGUCCCCAUUUUGGCAGCUGCCACCUGUGCUGAGAUUUCAGAGCCCCGCCAUUACUCAAAAUAGUACGAGUAACAGGGAAAAAGACCGCCGAAAUACCUUGGCCGAGUCACGAUCUGCCUAGAUGCGCUUCCCAUGGGACUUGACAGAGACCCCCUCCCUGCAUUUGUUCAAAUUUCUUAGCAAAUUAAAAGAGAUAUUGAAUCCAACUUGCUUGGCUGCAAGCCUGGCUCUGAAAGCUCCACCUUAGAGACUGCUAGCUUGCCUAAUAUUGAACUCAUGUUAUCCUGUGCCGAUCUGUUUUGGAAUUGAAAAGGAAGGCAGUGCUUGUUUCUGCAUACCUGUGGAAACAUAUACAGUGGUGCCCCACAAGACGAAUGCCUCGCAAGACGAAAAACUCGCUAGACGAAAGGGUUUUGCGUUUUUUGAGUCGUUC